ACUUAUCAGCUUGCGUAGGACGAUGGCGACAGUGCUUGGUGUUGCAGUCAUGAUGUGUUUGUCACUCUGCUCUGUGAGUGCCUAUGACGACUGUUAUGAUUACCUCACCGAAACGUAUCUCGAGUGUGCGUACUGCUGUUGCGAAUACUCGAAUGGUUCUCGCUACUGUUGUUCUUGUAGUACACUGGCUUGGUGGGCAUGGCUUGUCAUUGUUAUUGGUGUGGUGCUUGUCUUUGGUAUACUGAUUGCUGUUGGAGUAUGGCGUCGACGUGUUUACAUGAGACAGCAUACCAUAAUUACGAUGGUUCGUGCCCCUGCCCCUGCUUUUGUCCACUCAUUUUCUCAGUCAAACACGAUUCCUUAUGUGAAGCUGUGAGAAAGGUAACAUUCAAAGAACUUGAUGGACAUGAGGUGACACAUAACGCAUCUGUUGAACACUCACAUGCAUCUGGAUAGAGGGUAGAUAACAUUUAUGUGAAGUAUUUGCCAGAAUAAAAGCAUUUGUAGGAACAGUUUUUCAGUAUUUCGCAUUUGUGAAUUUGCGUGAGUGACAGUACGUAGAUAUACAUGUGAUUGCUGGUUUAGAUUGCAUUAGUUAGAGGUAGCUGUGCAUGUUGCCAUGAUGUGAUUGUAGGAUCUAUACUUUUAAUUAAAUGGAAUAGAUUGCAACCCA